AUGCCGAUCAUCUACAAGCGAUCCGAGUCGCCCGAGUUUGACCUUUCCGAUCCAAAGUACCACUCUGCUUCUUCUUCAAAGCAUGUCCUCGCACUGGAUGUAGAUGAACUGGACCUGUUGCCUCCCGUCGCGGUCGUGUCGACUGGUUCGAACGCGACGACCAAGAACCACGACCAUCAACGGCAAAGGGCGUCGUCGUCGUCUUCCGCUCCGAGGUCAACCCCGGCCAAGAGGAACUUGUCCCAGGCACCACCUCCCAAGAGAUUGAGGGUCCAGGAGGGGCACAUCUCUUAUGAUCGCGCGUCGACGUCGACGUCGAGAGGGCCCAUCAACGCGUCCCAGCACCACGCCCCGAGCGACCAUCCCCGACGACAAGCAGCACAACCGAGGCCAGCAUCCCGGGCCCCACCACCCAAGACGACGACGACGACCGUUUGCAAACGUUCACGACCCGCACCACCACCAUCACCUUUCUCCCGGCAGGUCACGAGUGACGAGCCUCCGUUUGGAAAGCAGCAGCAUGGCGCGCCAACGAGGCCUCAGCCGGGUAUGCCGACUCCAUCAACCUCGCCCCCUCCACGAGAUUAUCCAUUUCAGCGAACGGUGAAGCAGCCAUACCAGACAAAUCGUCAACAGCCACGGCCACGAUCAUCCCCCAGCGUCGAAAGGGCUCCCGUCGUUCAGGAUUUGCCCAGUCCCGACCACCCGCUUCGACCUCGUCGGGCGAUCCAUCCUCCCGACCGCGAGAUGAAGCUUCCGAUCGGACCAUCGAACCCGCGUCAGGAUCGUCAGGACCUUCAAAGAAUCACCUUUAUGAAUCAGGGAAUUGCCAAGGCCAACGCUUCACCCUCAGUUGAUGAGGUGUUCCCUCCACGGCGCGCUGUCGAGAAACAAGCUCGGCCGCCUACCGACGAUUUACCGAGAUCUGACCAGAAUAGCACCACUCAGCACCCUCGGAGGAACCCAAAACCUGCACCACGAACAAGCAGCGAGAUCGAGAGGAGUGCACCUGGGCCGCCGAGGAAAGAGGGCUUGAUGAGGCCCGCUUCGGUGCGCAAGGCCCAAGAACGUCGUACGACAGUCGUCGUCAGCGAAGAUCGACCCACACCACCACGACCGGCGCGAUCACUUUCUCGAGACCAACCCCAAGAUGACCUCAUUGAACAACGUGGCUACCCGUGUCGUCGUACGGACCCAGCCCCACUUCCUCGUCGGUCCCUCGAUACGCAAGCACCCCCACCCCCACCUCGUCCACCUCCUCAACCGCAAAGUCCCGCUUCACCACCCCCAAGACCCUCGAACCCGAGCCCGAGCCCAAAACCAUUUCCCAAAUUACAAUUCCCCAACGUCGAAACCUUCCUAGCGAACCUCCCCCUCCCUCUAGCGCACCUCACACCCACCGUCGCCGCGUUCGGAUGUUCGUCCCAAGCCGAUCUCUUGGCGCUUUCAGCUCGAUCGGAGGGUGGGGCCAAGGCGAGGAGGGUGAUGAUGGAUGAGUUGGAGAGGAGGGGGGAUCUGACGCCGUGGCAGAGGAUUGUGGUGGAGGCUGAGUUGGAGGUGUUGGGGGAACGGGCGGCGGACAGAUGA